UGCGAUGACGGCUCCGUGGACGUCCUGACGGUCGACCGGGUGUCGACUGAGAUGACUCUCACAGAGCUGCGGUUGAUAAGUACGACAAAUCUCCUUUCAUUUCCUCGAUGGAAACUCAUCAAGACAUGACGUCUGGAGAAUUGGGUCCGGGCUUUCUCUGGAGUUUACCCUUCACACAUGAACGACACAAUGGGAGAUUCUCCUCUCAGACAUGUUCACACCAACACAGACCUCUCUGGAGUGUGGGGGUGGAGCAGCAGACAGAGAGAGACAGGAACUAAUGUACACAUUCUGCUGCAGGGAUACAGGUUUUUGUUUAAGGCACAUAGAAACUUGCGUCAGCUAGCUCUAUUGUCAUCCUUGUUGUUGUCUUCUACCUUUUGGGCUCUUCUUUUUCGCUUAUCCUUUAUUUUUUUGCGUUUGCCGCAUGUUAGAAACAUCACCAGCACACAAGCUUGCUCGCAGCACCUCCAGAGAAUGUCCUGAGGUUCUCUGGAGUUCAGUGCAUGUUUUUAAGCAACUUUACUGUCCGUAAGUUUCUUCAGUACAAGGUUCUGUCUGUCCCUGAGUGUCUUCAUUCUGUCUGGCGUAGCCUGAGAGGAUCUGACUGGAAGGAUGAAUGUGAUAACUGUCCAAACUCCACGGUUGUGAAUCUUUUAGAGUCUAAACCAAGAAGAGUGGAAACUAUAACUGGCUUCUACAAAGUACUGAGUUAAGAGUGUUAAUACUUCUGUAUAUGAGAGAUUUUAGUUUUCAAUGUUAACUUCCCAUUAUUUUUACUUCAAUUUGUCAAAUUUUUUUUAAGGGCUAUUGAGUGUAGUCGGACAAGAUGGCAAAUGUAUCAAUUUAAAAUUAAAUUAUAGAAAUUGACAGGAGCUGAAUGUCUUUUAAACCACUGCGUUACACUAAAUGAGAUCAUGCUGAUCACAUAUAUAACACACUGACACUAACCACUGCUAUGUCCUUAGUGAGGAGGGACAUCCCUGUCUCAGCUGAGAGCAGACCAAUAUGUGGAGUCAUGGGGACUGUACGUCUGGUGGCAGGCAUGUACCUGGUUGUCAUCACAAAGAAGCAGAAGGUGGGAGAUUUGCUGGGUCAUGCUGUGUGGAAGGCUCUGGACUUUGAAAUCAUCUCUUAUAAGAAGACAAUACUGCACAUGACAGACAACCAGAUGCAAGACAACAAGGCUUUCUUGUCCAUGAUCAACAAUGUCCUUCAUACAGAAAGCUUCUACUUUGCAACAGACUACGACCUGACCCACAGUCUGCAGCGCCUGGCCAACACCAGCCCUGAAUUUCAGGAGAUGAGCAUUCUGGAGAGGGCAGACCAGCGUUUCGUCUGGAAUGGCCACCUGUUGAGGGAAUUCCUUGCUCAGCCAGAGUUACACAAGUUUGUGUAUCCUGUCGUCCAUGGCUUCAUCAUCAUGAAGUCAAGCUGCAUCAAUGGAAAGAUGUUUGAGUGGAGUAUAAUCUCCAGGAGGAGCUGUUUCAGAGCUGGUGUCCGCUACUAUGUCAGAGGCAUCGAUUCUGAAGGCCACGCUGCUAACUAUGUAGAAACGGAGCAGAUUGUGCAGUUCAACAGUGCCAAGGCUUCAUUUGUUCAGACUAGAGGCUCCAUCCCCUUCUACUGGUCCCAAAGGCCCAACCUCAAGUACAAGCCAAAACCCCAGAUCAACAAAACAGUCAACCAUUUGGAUGCAUUCCAGAGACACUUUGACUCACAGAUUAUUCUCUAUGGAAGACAAGUCAUUUUGAACUUGAUCAACCAAAAGGGCUCAGAAAAGCCAUUGGAGCUGGCCUUUGAGAAGAUGGUGACCAGUUUGGGAAAUGGCAUGAUCAAGUACAUCGCGUUUGACUUCCAUAAGGAGUGCAGUCGGAUGAGGUGGCACCGCCUGCAGCUCUUAUUGGACAUGGUCGCUGACAUGCAGGAUGAAUUUGGGUAUUUCCUGGUGGAUGCAGAUGGGAAGGUGCAGCUGAGUCAGGAGGGGAUCUUUCGGAGCAACUGCAUGGACUGUCUGGACCGCACCAAUGUCAUCCAGAGCCUUUUGGCCCGAAAGUCACUGCAAUCACAGCUGCAGAAAAUGGGAGUCCUGAACAUGGGCCAGAAGAUUGAGCAGCAGAUGGACUUUGAGAAGUUCUACAAGAAUGCCUGGGCCGACAAUGCUGAUGCCUGUGCUAAGCAGUAUGCUGGUACUGGGGCCUUGAAGACAGACUUCACCAGGACGGGGAAGAGAACUCAGUGGGGCCUGCUGAUGGACGGCUGGAACUCCAUGAUUCGAUAUUACAAGAACAACUUCUCUGAUGGUUUCAGACAGGACUCCAUUGAUCUGUUCCUGGGGAACUAUGCUGCAGAUGAAGCUGAUCGGACCACCCCACUGCGUGACCCCAAAGACUGGAAGUUUUUGACGUUGCCCAUCGUCAUGGUGGUGGCGUUCUCCAUGUGCAUCAUCUGCCUGCUAAUGGCUGGGGACACGUGGACUGAGACUCUGGCCUACGUUCUGUUCUGGGGAUCAGCCAGCGUGGUGACGGGUGGCCUCAUCCUCUUCAAUGGACGUGACUUUGUAGAUGCUCCUAAACUGGUCCAGAAGGAGAAGCUGGACUGAAUGUGUGUGUGUGGAAAGCAGCUAGGCCCUGGCGAGCUCACCGCCUCAUCCACCAGCUCGUCAUCACUUUACCCCCAGCAUCAGCGGACCUGGAGCCUUUACUAAGAGAGGGGGGAGUGGAGGAGGGCGGUGAGCAGCAGGGCCGGCCUCAUGUGCGAUGAUGGUGGAAAGAAAGAGACUGGGAGUGCAUGAGCCUGCUGCUGUCCACACUGUAGCGAUGUUUGUGGACAGGACUGUCUGUCCACACGUUUUACUGGACACUGAACCUCUGGUGUUUGUUCUAACUGGAUGUCAUUGUUCUUGAUUUCAGAAGAUUGUGGUGGGACCCAUGUUAAAUUCCAUGUUUGUCCUCCUGCAUUCCUAAUGGAUGCUUGGGAUCAGAUUCAGAACAGAAACUGUGAUAUCACAGCACAGUUUCAAAUGAUUUAGUGUUUCUACUGUUGAUUUUCCUUUAGUGUUUUUAUGUUUGUCAUUGCAAAUAUGUUCCUGUCCAUUUGCAGUUACUAUGUCAUUUCCAGAGCAGUAACGGGUCAAUAAGGUGUCCAAAGGCUGGAAGAAUUUGUCCUGGGUUGUUUGUUUUCGAUUUUUGAUGUUUGCACCUGUUGUGUGUUAAAAAUCUCAUCAACACACCCACUCAUUCGCGAUUAGGGAAAUCAAGCUGAUUUCUUACAUCGCUUCCUCCAAACGUUCUGAGUCUAGUAGGGGUCUGGCCGGGGAAACUCAGCAGAAAGUCUCGGGGCUCUCAGUCGGAUAUUUGCGUUCUCACAUACAGCCCAUCCGGAGAUCAGUGCAUGUCUGAAAGUAAAACUUAACACAGCCAGUGGACAUUCUUAUCUAAAUUCUGACUGUAGAUUUUUGCUUCUUUAUAAAUCAGGCUCAUGCAAGAACAUAUUUGUUCUAUGAGCGAUUCGUGGUAAUUUUCGGCAUUCACCACUUUUUCUUUUUGUUCUAAGAUUUCCUGAGCUAUGGUCCAGAUCUGUCAAACAUUUUCUGACUCGACAUCUGACUUGAAAUCUUAAAGCCUUAAACAGAAUGAAUUGGUGUGGGGGGGUUUAGGUAUUUUACUGUAUUUAACUCAAAUAAAAUAUAUAAAUGAAAUAGACUUAAUAAAGAUGAAUAUUGUGAUCCUCAUCACAGCUGCCACA